GGUUUUGUUUUACUUAAAUCUCGCUAAACAUGUAGUUUAUCAAUUUUAGACAGCCAGAAUGUAAAACUCAUGCAGAACUUUUACAAUGUUCAGAUGCUUGAAUCUUCUUCUGCUGCUGUUUUGCUUCAUCUAUCAGAGCGGAACCCCGCCUGUAGGAACCAGAACUAUACCGGUGUCAGGAAAAAAAGGAGAAAACAUCACACUGCCAUGUGAAUUUGAGGUCAAAAAGAUUUCUGAUAUUAGUUUAUACAGUCGGUCAAAAAACAUCCCUGUGUGUCCGACUGAAGAAUGUAGUGGACGAGUAUUUAAACAAAGAAACUGUGACGUCGUCUUCAGGGAUCUGAGCUUCAGUGAUGCUGGGAAAUACAUUAUGAAAGUCUAUUACAAUAAUGAUCAGACAGAGCUGAAGCAACAAAUCAGGACGUACCAACUUCAUAUUCAUGACGAGAUCUCUGUGAAAACAGGUGAGGAGCACAAGUUGGAUGUUCUUUCCAAUGCUAAUCAAGUAGUGCACUGCACCAAAAACAGAACGAGUUGGAGGGAGGUUUGGAGCCGAAGCAGCGGAGCUCAGAGUGACCUGCUGACCGACACUGAUGGGUCUCUGACCAUUAAAGAGUUUACAGCCAAUGAUGCAGGAACAUACAGAGUUCUGGACCAUGAAGGAGAAAUCUUGAUUACAGUAACAGUCACAGAAUCAGACACAGAAUCAAAGGGAAAACACUACAACACAGAUGAUGACGAAACUGAUAACACAAGACAACACAUUGUUUGGUUUUGGGUUACGAUUGUUGGAUUGACUAUAGUUCUGCUGGUUCUGGCUUGGAUUAUGCUUCCUGUCAUCAAGAAGUAG